AUGAUGAGUUUUGCUGCUCAAGCGACUUCAAACAGACAAGGUACUGUUUUUACCCGUGAUCUUUCUCGUCGUGACACUGGAACAUCUUUCCAAGGCGGAAUUACCAAUCGCGAUCCGUCAAGGCAAUGUACUGCGUGUGGACGUACGGGACACGAAGCAAACUCUUGCUUUAAGAUUGUUGGAUAUCCAGAGUGGUGGGGAGAGCGACCACGCAAUCGACCUGACAAUCGAAGCACACAACCUUCUCCAAUGGGUCGUGGCCGUAGUUAUACUCCAAGAGCAAACAUCACACAAAUCACUACAGCCAAUACCGCUGCGAUCGGUGAACCAUCUACAAUUACUGAGAGUGACCGUGAAGGUCUUAGUGGCUUAACUGAUGAUCAAUGGGCUGCUGUACAACGAUUACUUAAUGCUGGAAAAUCAUCUCCGAAUAUGAGUGGUAAGAACAACGUUUUCUGGAUACUUGAUACAGGAGCAACACACCACAUGACGGGUUGUCUUGAUCUUUUAGAAGACAUUCGUGACAUAACACCAAUUUCUGUUAUAUUACCUGCUGGAGCAGAUACUGUUACACUGAAACAAGGAACAGUUCGUUUGACAUCAAAACUGUCUCUACAGAAUGUUUAUUAUGUUGAUGGUUUUCAUACCAACUUGAUAUCCUUUGGUCAGCUCGUCACUGACAAUUAUCUUGUGGGACAAGUUACUGAUAAACUCAUGAUUUUACAGGACCGCACCACGAGGAUGCUGAUUGGAGCGGGUGAAAGAGAGGGAGAGGGACUGUACCGGUUUCGGAACAUGGACAAUGUGACUUCUUUACAGACCAGUGUUCAAGACAACUUAGUUUUAUGGCAUCACCGUUUAGGCCAUCCUUCACUUCCGGUCACUGGUCUUAUUCCUGGUGUUUGUACUUCUUCUACUAGCAAUAAUAGUGAGCUUUUGAUUAAGAGUUGUGAUACGUGUUUUAGAGCAAAACAGACACGGCAAUGUUUUCCUGAUAGUUUAAAUAAUGCGAAAGAGAGUUUUGAUUUAAUCCAUUGUGAUUUAUGGGGUCCGUAUCGUACCACAGCUUUUUGUGGCUCCCGUUAUUUCUUAACAAUCGUGGAUGAUCAUUCAAGAGCUGUAUGGUUAUACCUUCUUCCUGAUAAAACAUUGGUUUCUCAACAGCUUCGAGAUUUUGUGGCCAUGAUUGAACGACAGUUCUCUAAGAAAGUAAAACGAAUCCGCAGCGACAAUGGCACAGAAUUUCUUUGUCUUACACGUUUUUUUCAGGAAAAAGGGAUUCUACAUGAGACUUCUUGUGUCUACACUCCUCAACAAAAUGGUCGGGUUGAGCGGAAACAUAGACACAUACUCAACAUUGCUAGAGCUCUCCGAUUUCAAGCACAUCUUCCGAUCGAAUAUUGGGGAGAAUGUGUACUUACUGCCGGUUACUUGAUCAAUCGCACUCCUUCGAUAUUACUCAAGAACAAGACUCCUUUUGAGGUACUUUAUGGUCAUCCCCCUGGAUACAAACACUUACGUGUUCUUGGCUGCUUAGCAUAUGCUCACAACAUCGAUCAUAAAGGUGAUAAAUUUACAUCUCGAAGUCGACGAUGUGUGUUUUUGGGAUAUCCAUAUGGAAAAAAGGGCUGGAAAUUGUAUGAUUUGGAACGAGAAGUGGUUUUUGUCUCCCGUGAUGUUGUUUUUCAAGAAAAUAUUUUUCCGUUUGCCGAUACGGAUUCGAUCGCAACACCGAUUGCACAAAGGCCAGAGCCUCCUUUGUUUCCAGUUACAGCUGAGACUGAUGAUGAUGUGGUACCGUUAACACCACCAGAAGCUGAAGAUGACCACAUUGAAGAAGUUACUCUACCGAAUAUUCAUACCACUCCAUCUCCUGCUGUUGAAACUCAUGGCCGAGGACAACGAACUAAACGUCCUUCUACACGAUUACAUGACUAUGUCGUUGGUGCAGUCACUACUAAGCCUCUCUCUCCUCUCUCUUCACCUUCUCCACCACCAUCCUCAGGUUCGUUGUAUCCUCUUUGUAACUUUGUCUCCAUUGAACGUUUUUCUCCUAACCAUCGUAAGUUUUUGGUGGCUUUGGCAACUAAUAUUGAACCGAGAACUUUUGCUGAGGCAAUGAAACAUAAGCAUUGGGAAAAGGCUGUUGAUCGUGAAAUAGAUUAUCUUAUCGAGCUUCAAACAUGGAGACUCGAAGAAUUGCCUCCGGGAAAGAAAGCACUUGAUUGUCAUUGGAUCUUCACGAUCAAGUAUCAAUCUGAUGGGGAAAUUGAACGUCACAAAGCACGAUUAGUUGUCAAUGGCAAUGGUCAAGAAGAGGGAUUUGAUUACAAAGAAACCUUUGCCCCAGUUGCUAAAAUGACUACGGUACGUGUCUUUCUUGAUCUUGCGGCAAAACUGAAUCAUGAAGUACAUCAGAUGGAUGUACACAAUGCUUUUUUACAUGGAGAUUUACAUGAAGAGGUGUAUAUGAAACUUCCUCAAGGUUUUAAAUCUGAUGGAGAAACACGGGUUUGUCGUCUCCAGAAAUCACUAUAUGGUUUAAAACAAGCUUCUCGAUGCUGGUUUGAAAAACUCAGUACCGCACUUUGUGCAUAUGGUUUUAAACAGACAAAACCAGAUUAUUCUCUCUUCACCUAUGUCAAAGGCGAUGUUCACCUCCGUAUUCUGGUUUAUGUUGAUGAUCUUAUAAUUUCUGGAAGCACCUCGGCAGCGAUUCAAACGUUCAAAGACUACUUGUCUACUUGUUUUCAUAUGAAGAAUCUCGGACCCGUCAAAUACUUUCUUGGCAUCGAAGUCGCACGCAAUCCCACCGGUAUUUACUUGUGUCAGAGAAAGUAUGCAACAGAUAUUGUGGAAGAGAUGGGGUUACUUGGAUGUCGUCCAGCCAGUUUCCCUAUCGACCAAAACCAUAAACUUGCUUUGGCUGAUGGAGAUUUCCUUGCUGAUCCAGAGACGUAUCGCCGCUUAGUUGGACGUCUUAUAUAUUUGGCUGCUACACGACCGGAUCUCACUUACUCAAUCCAUAUAUUAUCUCAGUUCAUGCAUGCUCCUCGAGUUGAACAUUGGUUUGCAGCAUUGAAAGUGGUUCGAUAUAUCAAGGGUACACUUGGGCAGGGAAUUCUUCUUCGUGCUGAGUCUCCACUUCAUCUCACGGGUUGGUGUGACUCCGACUAUGCUGCUUGUCCAUUGACUCGGAGAUCUCUCACAGGAUACAUUGUUCAACUUGGUGAUUCUCCAAUCUCGUGGAGGACUCAAAAGCAAGACACGGUUUCUCGCUCGUCGGCGGAGGCGGAAUACAGAGCAAUGACAGAAAUUACUUCAGAGUUACGAUGGCUCAAGGCACUCCUCUUGGAGUUUGGAAUAGAACACAAAGAACCUAUGUCACUUAUGUGUGAUAGUAAGCCUGCUAUACACCUUAGUGCCAAUCCAGUUUUCCAUGAAAGAACAAAACAUGUUGAGGUAGAUUGUCAUUUUGUUCGAGAUGAUAUCGUUGCUGGUCUUAUCAAGCCUAUUCAUGUAUCAACAAAGGAUCAGCUUGCAGAUAUUCUCACCAAAGCUUUGGGACGAAAAGAGUUUGACACUUUUCUUAUCAAGUUGGGCAUUCAUAACUUGUAUGCUCCAACUUGA